AAGAAUUUGACGAAAUGUCAUUUUUUGUUUUCAAAGACACCGGAAAACUGCCCGCGCAAUGAAAAAGUUCCAAAAUGAAUUUGAGGCGUCAAAGAGGGAACUUUUGGAUGGGAAAUAUUUGGAAUAUGAUCCAGAAUGGAAGAAACUCUUCACCUGGUUGAGAGAAAAUAUCACCAUUGAUAACUACGUGAGUCCGUCGAUGGAGGAAAAUGUGAAAAAUCAUGAAUUUCAUGAUGAAAUUGAUACCAUCGAGGAGGAUUUUCCGGGAAUCUUUGAAGUUGAGGAAUCCGAUGUGAAGGAUGCUGAAGCUCAGCUAAAUGUCCUCUUGAAGGCAGAAGGAGAGUAUAGGGAGCAAAAUGACCAACUAAGGAAGAUCAUAAAUCAGGUGAAUGAAGAUAUCCGGGAGAUUUCAAAGGAAUUAACUGAUACCUACGCUCAAGCAGAGAUUUGGGGUGAGAAAGUAGCUGGAUUGGAGGCCCAACUGGAUACCCUCACAGCCCAAAAAGAUGAUUCGGAGAAGAAGCUAAUGGAAAUGUACAAAAACCCGGAGGAAGUUCUCGCUGUGGGGCACAUUCCGAUUGAUUACUUGAAGAUGAACAUGGAAAUAGCUUGGAAGCGUCUGGGAACGUGCAUGGCAGCCUUCAAUACAGAAGGUUCCGCCCUGGAUGGGCAGCGUCUCAGUGGGAGAAUUGAGUACUUCGCCGAGAGCUCCCUGGUGCAGUAUGAGAAGCUUCUCCAGGUGCAGGAAAAUUUCUUUGGAAUGCAGAAAGCCAUUGAAAUGUUUGAUGGUUUCACGGAUUUCUCCUCAUCAUCCACGGAAAUUGGCACGCAAAUGGCGGAAAUGGAGAGAAAGACAAGCAUCUACGAGGCACAGAUGGAUGAACUCACAACUGAGUGUAUGCUGGGGAAGAAGCAGGAGCUAAUGAAGGAGAAGGAAGGGAUUUACAUGAAAAUUCACGAAGUGAAGCUUUCUCGUGCUCAGAAUCGCCUUGAAAAACUCCAGGAAAUUGAUGGAUUUGCCGAGAAAUUCAUUGAUAUUGCUGAAAUUUUCUGGAUUCUCCUCCAGAUUGACAGGAAGAGAAUCAAAAACUUCCUCUGUGUCCUUGAGAAGGGAAAUCCAUCGCAGAUUGGGAAGUUUUUGUGGAGAAUCAAUGAAGAUCUCAAAAUGACAACAUUCAAGAUUUCCUCGCAAAAGCCAAGGAAAUUCCUCCUGGAUCCCAAUAGGAAUGUUCAGAUUACGGAGAAAUUCACCGAACUACGUAGUUUGGAGAAAGCUCUUAAAUCUCUCAUCUUGGGACCGGCAAAUACCCCAAUUUUCAUGUCACCGAAACUCACCCUUCAGCAGUACAUCCUCCGCAAUCUAGCUGCCCAACUGGAUGCCACACAGAAGGAUAUCAAGGAUCGAUUCACAAAGGAAUAUCUGGAGCCCAAGGCUAGCAAUAAAUUGUGGGAAUCUCGCCGCUUGCUCUGGGUGUGGUUCCUCACACAGCCCAAGAACGUUCUUAUGGCAAUUCAGGCAGCUGCCAGGACACCAUCCAAGAAAUCAAUGAAGGGUCUUCCUGGCAUUCGCAGUGAUUCCUAAUUAAUUUCCUUUGUAUAUUUUUCUUGAAAUAAAUGAAUUUUUCUUCGGCGAAAA